CAGGAAUUGUGUUCUGGCAACCUUCUCCAUGGAGGCUAUAGCAGCAGAAGGGAAUGGUACAAGGGCAGGAUCGGGUGGAUCUACGGUUCGGUGACGGAAUACCGGUGGCGCUCUGCCGUGAUGAGAACUGAUACUUGGUGCCUGUUUGUUGGUAACGAUUGGAUGUGUAAAGUUUAUGGUGUUCUACUUGUGGUAAUGACCAAGAUGGAGCAUUACUCUUUGGUUAGCUAUUAA